CUGACAGGAUCUGCCUUUCUCACCUCUCGGAAGCAUGACUGAUACUCCAAAGGAGGGAAAACUGACCAGAUUUCUGGACUUCACCCAGCUGAUUGACAUGGCCUCUGAGUGCGUGGGAGGAAAGGUUUUGUUUGCAACGGAUGACUUUUUCGCUCCUGCAGAAAACCUCAUAAAGAGCCACAGUCCAAGCUUUAAGGAACAUGAAUACACCGAGUUUGGGAAAUGGAUGGAUGGUUGGGAGACCAGGAGGAAACGGAUUCCAGGUCAUGACUGGUGUGUCAUCCAGCUGGGGAUACAGGGCAUUAUCCGUGGUGUCGACGUGGACAUUUCUUACUUCUCAGGGAGCUAUGCUCCCCGCAUGUCGAUUCAAGCAGCAAACUUGAAUGAAGAAAAAGUGCCAGACAUCCCACCAAGAGGAGUCAAGAUAGGAGCUGCAGCAACGCCUGAGGAGUUUGGAAUCAUUAGUGAGCUAAAAUCGGACUCCUGGGAUUACCUGGUUCCCAUGUCAGAGCUCAAGCCAGGGGAACCUGACUCCAGCCACAACUAUUUUUUUGUCAAUUCCCAGCAGAGAUGGACUCACAUAAGACUCAACAUCUUUCCAGAUGGUGGUAUCGCACGCCUCCGAGUGUACGGAACAGGACAGAGGGACUGGACUUCAUCAGACUCCAAGGAACCUGUAGACCUGGUGGCCAUUGCUUUUGGGGGAGUCUGUGUAGGAUUUAGUAAUGCACACUUUGGACAUCCAAAUAAUAUGAUAGGUGUUGGCAAGCCUAAGUCCAUGGCAGAUGGCUGGGAAACUGCAAGGAGGCUGGACAGACCCCCCGUGUUAGAAAGCAAUGAGAAUGGCCUUCUCCAGGUCCCAGGUUGUGAGUGGGCAGUGUUCCGAUUGGCACAUCCUGGAGUCAUCACUCAAAUUGAAAUCGAUACGAAGUACUUUAUAGGCAAUUCUCCAGACAGCUGCAAAGUGGAUGGGUGUGUCCUCACCACGCAGGAAGAGGAAGACAUGGUCAGGCACAAGUGGAUUCUUCCUUCUCACAAGUGGAAGCCUCUGCUUCCGGUCACCAAGCUAUCUCCUAACCAAAAUCACUUGUUGGACAGCCUGACCCUGGAGCUCCAGGAUGUCAUCACUCAUGCCAGGCUUACCAUCACCCCUGAUGGGGGUAUAAGCCGCCUUCGGCUCAAGGGCUUCCCCAGCUCCAUUUGUUUGCUGCGGCCCCUCCGGGAGAAGCCCAUGCUAAGGUUCUCUCUGAAAGCGGGCUUCAAGGCAAAUCUUUAAACAGCUCUUCUACAGUAGUA